CUCCGUCGGCGCCACCCGCCCCAGCGCCGCAGCCGGGGAGCCGGGGGCCCCAGGGCCGGCCAUGGCCUCGCACGGGAAGCUAAGGAAGGAGCGGGGGCCCCUGGCCGAGUACGAGACCCAGGUCAAAGAGAUCCGUUCUCAGCUGGGGGAGCAGUUGCGCUGCCUGGAGGUGCAGGGAGACCUGCGGCGGGAAUUGCUGCAGGAUCUGGGCGAAUUCCUGCGGCGCCGAGCAGAAGUGGAGCUGGAGUAUUCGCGUGGGCUGGAGAGGCUGGCUGACCGCUUCUCUUCCAGGGCCCGAGGCAACAAGGAGCUUCAGAGCUUUAGGAAGGAUCAGAACCUGCUGUCCCCCGUGCACUGUUGGUACGUGCUGCUGAACCAGACGCGGCAGGAGAGCCGGGACCACGGGGUGCUGAGCGAGCUGUAUGGGACCAGUCUCACCCAGCGCCUGCUGCACAUCAGCGAGGAUGUGGGCCGGCUGGUCAAGAAGAGUAAGGACCUGGAGCAGCAGCUACAGGAGGAACUUCUCAAGGUUGUGUCAGAGCUGCAGACGGCCAUGAAGACCUAUCAGGCAUACCGUGCAGAGAGCGUGAAUGCCGAGAACAAGCUACGUGAGGCAGAACGGCAGGAGGAGAAGAGAGGUGGGAAGAGCAGCGAGCCGGGGACGGCCAGUGGCCAGGGCCCAGAUGCCAAGACGCCCCGUCGCACCUCCUUGAAGAAGGUGGGACGGCUGGUGGAGAAGCGCCAGGCCAAAUACCUGGAACACAAGCUGAAGUGCACCAAGGCCCGGAACGAGUACCUGCUCAGCUUGGCCAGCGUCAAUGCCGCCGUCAGCAACUACUAUGUCCACGACGUGUCCGACCUUCUGGAUUGCUGUGACGUGGGAUUCCACCUGGCACUGGGCAAGGUGCUGAAGAGCUAUGUGGCGGCGGAGACGCGAGCCCAGAUGUCGCGAAUUCAGGGCCUGGCAGUCCUGGAGGGGGCUGUGGAGGGGCUGGACCCUCUCGGGGACAAGGCAAAGGUGCUGGAGUUCAAUGCCACGGCCUUCUGCCCGCCUCUGCGCUUCGAUUACCAGCCCUAUGAUGGGGACGAGGUGGGAGAAGUGCGGGUGGAGCUGGAAUUGCGGGCCGAGGUCCUGCCCCGGGCCCAGAACAUGCAGACACGACUGGACACGCAGAACAUUGAGACGGAAGAGGUCAAUAAGACUCUGAAGGCCACCCUGCAGGCACUCCUGGACUUGGUGGCUCCCGAGGACGGGGAUGUGCUGGACGCCUUCCAGUCCAGCCAGUCCACCGAAUCGCUCAAGUCCACGGGGUCCGAUUCUGGCAGCCGUCAUGGCGGCGGGGGUCGGCGCCGAGCCCAGCAACAGGAGACGGAGUCGUUCUACCUCACUAAGCUGCAAGAGUACUUGAGUGGCAGAAGCGUCCUCACGAAGCUUCAGGCUAAGCAUGAGCGGCUUCAGGAGGCGAUCCAGAGAGGAGUCAAGGAGGAGCGAGAGGUGUCCCGCGAAGCCGCCGGCAGCGCCCCAGUUCCCAGUAUAACCAUAAGCUCUUUGCUGGUGAUAUGGAGAAGUUUAUUCAGGAGGAGGAGGAGGUGCCAGUCUAGGACACAGAGCUCAGGGCAGGCCGUUCCCCUCGUGGUGGAGAGCUGCAUCCGCUUCAUAAACCUGCAUGGACUCCAGCACGAGGGCAUAUUCCGGGUGCCAGGGGCCCAGGUCCGGGUCACAGAGAUCCGCAGCGCCUUCGAGAGGGGAGAGGAUCCCCUGUUGGAUGGUUACACAGCCCAUGACCUGGACUCAGUGGCUGGGGUCCUGAAGCUUUAUUUCCGGGGCUUGGAGACCCCGCUGUUUCCUCCAGAAAUGUUUGAAGACCUGCUGGCGACCGUCCAGCUGGAGGCCCUGGCCGAGCGGGUGGAGCAUGUGAAGACGAUGAUGUCCCAGCUGCCCUCGCCCAUCCUGGUGGUCUUGCGCUACCUCUUUGCCUUCCUCAACCACCUGUCCCAGUACAGCGACGAGAACAUGAUGGACCCAUACAACCUGGCGGUCUGCUUUGGGCCGACACUGGUGAGCGUGCCUCCGGACCAGGACCCCGUGGCGGUCCAGGCCCACGUCAACGAGGUCGUGAAGACCCUGAUCCUGCAGCAGGAGCAUGUCUUCCCUGGUCCCCGCCAGCUGCCGGGCCCCAUCUAUGAGAAGUGUAUGACUCUGGCCGAGGAGGACUUUGGGGACUCCCAGCUGGAGCCCACGGUGGAAGAGGGUGAGCAGGAGCUGCAGUCUGAGACACCUGGGAGCGAGGAUGAGAGUGAGGUGGUGGAGGCCACUGCCCGCUUCGACUACGUGGGCCGGACGGCCCAGGAGCUGUCGUUUCAGCGGGGGGACGUGCUGCAGCUGCACAUCAAGGCUUCAGGCGACUGGUGGCGUGGGGAACGGGCCGGCGUCCGCGGCCUCAUCCCGCACAAGUACAUUACCCUGCCUGAAGGGGCGGAGAAACGUCUGGCAGCCCGGGGGCCGCGGGUAGAAGGGGAUUUGACGCCAGCCCCAGAAGAGCCCUCGUUGGAGCCCACCAGCAGGCUGCGGGUGAACUCAGAUGGCAGCUGCGUCAGCGGUCGCUCCCGGGUGGGCAGCAGCAGUCCUCUCCGGAAGCUCACGUCCCCCUUCUUGGAGCCUGGACGUCUGGCAUUCCCACUGGCGCAGCCCACCCCGCCUCGCACCUUUGUGCCUAUUGACAGGCCUUCCCAAGGCACCCACGAGCGGCGGAACACACUGGAGAUGGGGGGCAGCUCUGGGGCAGGUCUGCUCUUUGCCGGACGUGGCCCCUCCGCUGACCGCUCCGUGGGGGCUCCUGAGAAGCAGCUGGAAGUGGAUAAGGACAUCACCAAGACCAUGAACUACGUGUUUAAGGAGCUUAUGGAGAAAACCAGCCUGCGGCCGACUGGGGCAGAGGAUCCCCCAGCCUCUCCAGAGUCACCCCAGCCUGGAGCCCCAGGCAAAAAGGGUUCCGGGCUUCCCAGGAGCAGCUUCGGCUUGAGGAGCAAGGGCCUCUUCAAAGCCACUGGGGGAAAUGGGGCCCAGGACUGACCGGGUGGGGCCUUCACCAGAACCCUACCCACCCCAGCCCAGGCCCUCCCAGCUCAAUUCUGGGGACCCUCUUGAGGCAGUGGGGCGAUGGGGAACUCCUGGAUAUCUCACUGUGACGUUAUUAGGGGGCCUAAAUCAGGGCCAAAAUAGACCCCGGAGUCACUUUAGGAGUGCUCGGAAGCUGGUUUGCCUCUGCUGGGUCCUGGAAGCCCCCCAGUUUGUCUGUUCUUCUAUCACAGGUUUUGGGGGCAUCCUCACUGCUCUCCAAGUCACUGCCACCACACGAGCUGAAGAUCGGGCACGUCCCUGAAGGUGUAAUAGUCACCGGGGACUAAACUUUUCCCCGGGGACCAGCCCUCUUACCGGGGCUGGCUCACAGGAAGCUCACGGACUAAGGGCUCCUUCCUGUGUCAGUUCUCCCCAGGUCCAUGUGUCUCCCCACACCUGGAGCUUCUCCCCUAGCCCCUACCACAGUCAGGCAUCACCAUCUGAGAGCUUGACAAUAUUUAAUAAGUUCUUCAAGUAACAAAUGAAAACAGUUCCCAUUCAAACGUCCGUUCCCCGGAUCUACUACUUCUCUACCUGCAGGACCCUCCGUAUUUUUCUCUAGCUACCCAGGGCCUCAAGUGCUUCUCCCCUUGUGGGGGAGGAGCCUCAUUCCCCUGGACUCCUAGCUGCUGGUCUCCGAAACUCCAGGGACCCUUUCCAGUCCCUUCCUAUGCCCUGUGUCCAUCCAGGCUCCACAGUAACAAACUUGCCUGUGUCCAGCUCCCCUAGGCCCACAGCUCUCUACCUCUUGCCUUCCAGAUGGCCGAGGGUAUCCUCCUUCCCCCUAACCUGGCCCUUCUACUUCCUUCCCAAUCUCUCUGAUUGGUUCGGCUAAGUCUUUACACUUCCCUCAGGAAGGGGCUCUGCUGGCAUCCUCCUCUCUCCUGGGGUGGGGGCCAGUGGAACUGGUUGUUACAAUCCUCUCAGCUCCUUCUCCCUCAGAGUUAGUCGUAUCUCUGCCCCUCCUUCCUCUCUCCCCCAGGGGAAGUUGGUGCCCCCCCCCGCCAUGCAGUGGAGGGCUGCUGAGGUCUGAGAGGGCAGGAGUGAAAGCAGUGGGCACCCCCUUAGGGAGUUCGGCAACUCAGAGCCACCCCCUCUUCCCUUCCCUUGACGCUCCUCCCCUUCUCAACCCAGUUACGUCAGUCUAACCACCCACCAGGCUCCCUACAAGCCCCUAGUUCCACGGCUGCCCCGGCUGCCUCUCUCUUUUCCCCUCCCCAACGGGGUGGAUGAGGGUGGGGAAGACUGAGUUGCAAUGGAAAAUAAACCUAGAAGGUCU